AAAAUGGCGGCGCUGCGAUUUGUUGGUGUAUGCAGAUGCAUGAACCUUGGACGGAGUUUAAAGCCUGUAUUAACAAGCACUGGUUGCCUGUCUUCAAAGAAUGAGGUAUUAGAAUUAGCUGGUCAAACUUCUCUCGUUGGACUUUUUCAUCAACACAGGAGGAAAGGAUUCCUGGGUACUGAAAGGAACUAUGGGAACAAGCAUCUUCAUUCUAAACAAUUUUCAACUGAUUCUGGACAUCACACUCCAAACUCUCAAAAGGAAACUCUGUACUCACUGAUAAACAUUAAAUACAAGGGAAGUGAUGAGGCCGUGUUAAGGAGUUACACUAAGUUUAUGACAAUGGCUGCUAAACAUCUAGACAUUGACAUCUCUGACAGAAUUUUACUACCAACAGCAAUCGAAAGAUACACAAUUUUGAAAUCACCACACAUUUUCAAAAAGCAUAGAGCACAGUAUGAGAUUCGCACACAUGGGCGCAUGUUACAGGUUAGGAAUGUAACCCAAGAAACAGCAGAUGUAUUCCUUGAGUAUGUUCAGCGUAACAUACCAGAGGGAGUCAGUAUGAAAGUAGAGCAAACAGAGCUGGAAUCAAUCUCAGACUACUUUGUGCUGCCUCCUGAGGCACAAGAAUUCCUCGAACACCAGAAAAGCAAUCAAGAGAAGAGAGAAUAAUAUACAUGCAAUCUCGCAUCAUAUUGAGAGAGAUCAACUUUUUCUGAAUAUUUUGUACAAUUGUGAAGGUCAUUUUAGAAUUAUAUGAAAGUAGCUUAAAGAGCUGGAUGUGACAUUAAUCAGUGCUUUGAGGGUUGAAAUACUAGCAGCAGUACUGAGCUGGAUGUGACAUUAAUCAGUGCUUUGAGGGUUGGAAUACUAGCAGCAGUACUGUUGUUAGUACACCCAGAGAUGCUGUGGACAAAAAAAUCAAAAUGCUAUUUAACGUUGAAGACUGAGAAAUGUUGCAAUUUCCUUUUGAGUGUAUCAUUUGAGAACCCCAUAUUAAAUGCAAGAUUUCAUUUGUUGAAA